GUUAGAGCUGCUCUUCACAUUCUCUCUGUAUCGCUCGCUUUCAAUCUUUAAAAUCAUUUGCAUCCAAGAACCGAAAGAAAGACAAUUCCUCAUGACUUGAGCUGGGAGAAUCGUGAUCAUGACAAUGAGCUUCUUUGGAAAACUGAAGAACCUACAUGGUGGACCUCCUGCUCCACCCAGAAGAACAGAUAACAAUGCAGGGUUUGGGUGGCCACAGGAUGAGUUUGAUGAGGAGGAAGGUGACAUGUAUGAAGCACCUCCUUGUGAGCGUCCGGCUGUGAAAGUCCCACAGAGACAAGUGGAGGAGAACGUUUAUCUGGAGAGGACGUCCAGUCCUGCUGUUCCACAGAGACAGGCUGCUCCUCCACCCAGGCCUGGAAAACCCAUGACACUUCCACAACGUGCUGAUGUUUUCUGCUAUGAACCCAACACCAGGAAACCACCUGAGAUAGACAGAAAUGAGAAGCCUGGGAGAAACAAGAUGAUGCCUCCUCCACCAGUCCGGUCUGUUCCUGUUCCAGGCCCUGAAUCCAACACAGAGGAAGAUGUGUAUCUGGAUCCAAAUGAAGAACAGGAAGAUAAUGAUGACCUGUAUUUAGAACCAACAGCAGCUUGUGCUCCUGCCCCACGUGGGCCGAUGAGGAUGCCUCCAUCUCCCAAGACAGCACUUGUACCAUCUUCCAUACCCAUGAUAAAGCCUCCUGUUCCCAGAGCUAAGUCUAAUUCAUUCUUGCCUUCCUUGAAUGAGGAAAAAAAAGCUCCUGCAGUAGAAGCAAGACCUACCAUGUUUCCUACCAAACUCCCCCCACCAGCUCCCAGUGUUAAGCCUCCUCUUCCAGCAAACCUGAAGGAAGUUAAACUCAGCCCUCCAAAUCAUCCUAUGGCAGGCACUAAGCCAGUGGCCUCCUUUGGUGGCAUGAGGGCAACCAAACAAUCUGGGUAUGAGGACAAAGAAUGGUUUGCUGGAGACUGCAACAGAAAGACGGCGGAGGAGCUCUUACAGAGGGUCAACAAGGACGGUGCCUUCCUCAUCCGACACAGCUCGGCCCAGAACACCCGCCAGCCGUACACCCUCGCUGUGCUCUACCAGCAGAAGGUGUACAACAUUCCCAUCCGCUUUCUGGAGGAGACACAUGGCUACGCUCUUGGAAAAGAGGGCAAGAAGAAUGAAGAGGUUUUCACCACUCUCGACGAGAUGAUAUCUCACCACAGAAAUAACCAGCUGCUUCUGAUUGACAGCAAGAGCCAGGCCAAGCACACAGCUUAUUUGACCCACCCUGCACGCCCUUAAAACCACACUACCACAGUCUGUCUGAUGUCGUGCUCAUAGGAGUCAUGUGAGGAUAACUGAAGUUUGAAAGUUUCCAACUUAGAAAUACUGUAGACUUACUUUGUGUCACUCACAAAAGUAAAAUUACGACUUAUACAGGUGAUGUAGUGUUUUUUAUGUGAUGAAUUGAAAUAGACGAUGCAAACUUUCAGUGCACUGAAAUAUUAACAAAGACACUGUAAAUCCCAAAGACUUUUGCUUCGCGACACAUAACACGACAGCAGCAUAAACCUAAAACCUAUAGCUCAGAGACAAUCAUGUUCCUUAGUCUGACAAAGCGAUUUUUGUCUGUUUUGCACCAAGACAUCAUCUCAGCAGUAAUUGCACAAGGUUAACGGUUCUCUGGUGAAAAGGAAAAUGUGUCACUGUUUUACUGUAACAAUCCCUCAGUCUGGAUGUUUCUGCUGUCAGGUCACUGUAUUCUGCUGACUUUUAAACUGCUGUUAUAAGAUAUCACACCACAUCACAAGACCUUCCCAAUUUGCAGCUAUAAUCUUCACCAUCAUUUUGAGCCUCCUACUCUUUUCCAUUAUUAUGGUCAUGCGAUAAACAUCUGUAUGGAUCAGUAAUUUAAUUUCAAUCAUGAGUACAGGUGUGGUGUGCAUAUUUUCCUUAGUUUAGUUUUCAGUUUGAUGACUUUAAUUUUAACUUUAUGUUACAGGUGUGAUCAUUUUAGAUACUGUCAAUAUAGAUGAUAAAGUAAAAACUAUCUGCUUUA